UUUUCUUCUCUUCUUCGUCUUGACACAAAAAAGUAUGACAGUUUUUCUCAUUUAGUUUCCUGCGUAGUGUUGUGAAGGCACUUUUCUUUUCCCCUCCAUCAAUGGAGACAGUAUAGUUUAUUACUAUUACCACCAAGUACGUGUGUGAACUUAUCGCAGUCAAAGCUGAGGGGUGGGAGGGUUCGCCAACAUCACUUUUCAUGGCGGUUGUUGAGAGUGCUUCUUCCCACGAAUCCAAUGUCCACUGCAACGAUCAGGAUCAACCAAAGAACAACAAUCACCCCCACAAUCAUGUAAGGACUACUCCCAUGGUUGACCACCCCAGCUUCAACCACGAUAACAGCAACAGCAUCCCCAAUUUUCAACCCCACCUCCACAAUCUCCAUGUGAAGGUCCAUCCUUUUCACGUGCCUCCUCCGAAGGCGCACGUUAGCACCAACCACAACGCUCAGCUUCACGAUGGACUCGAAUAUGAUCAUGUGCAGAAGAAGAUCGCUUGUGCACCGGUUUCGACUGAUCAUCGAUCCAAUGGUGGGAAUUUUCAAAGCACUGGUGAUGUUGGCGAGAGCAGCUUUAAGAGGGAGAUGAGGGAAUUGGAGGAAAUGUUCUCCAAGUUGAACCCCAUGGCUGCAGAAUUUGUGCCUCCUUCACUGGCUAACAGUGGAAUCAAUGACGGAUAUUUUAUGAACAAUUCUGCCAUGCCUUUUAUCACCACAAAUGGAAAUGCUAAUGGUUACACAGCCCGAUGGAGGAGGAAUAACUAUAGUCCGGGGAAACGAGGUAUGAACAACCGAACAAGUAUGGCCCAGAGGGAAGAUGUAAUUCGGAGGACUGUGUAUGUGUCUGACAUUGAUCAUCAGAUCACAGAAGAGCAGCUUGCAGCCUUGUUUCUCAGUUGUGGGCAGGUUAUUGACUGCCGUGUUUGUGGAGACCCUAAUUCUGUCCUUCGUUUUGCUUUUGUUGAGUUUACCGAUGAGGAAGGUGCACAAGCUGCUUUAAGUCUAGCAGGGACCAUGCUUGGUUACUACCCAGUGAGGGUGCUGCCUUCUAAGACAGCAAUAGCACCAGUUAACCCGACAUUUUUGCCUAGGAGUGAAGAUGAACGGGAGAUGUGUGCAAGAACUAUUUACUGUACAAAUAUUGACAAGAAGGUUUUGCAAGCAGAUGUGAAACUUUUUUUUGAGUCAGUUUGCGGAGAGGUUUAUCGCUUGAGGCUGCUUGGAGACUAUCACCAUUCUACUCGUAUUGCCUUUGUGGAAUUUGUAAUGAUGGACUUCCAUUUACAAUGACUUCUUGGAUUAUGAGAAGCUUAUAGUUGGGGCUUAUUGAAGUGGUGGUACUGGGUAGUGGCAAAGUUCUGCUUGAUAGUGGGGUGAUAUGGUUAACAAUGGUUGGGUGUUAGAGGUGGCAGGGCUAUUGGUGGGGUUGAUGACUUAAUUCGGAGAUAUAACUGGCUGAAAGUGCAAUUGCUGCUCUCAACUGUAGUGGUGUG